AUGCGCGGCGACCGCGCCGAUCGCGACUCGCGCCACAACACGGAUCACGAAAACUUAAAAUCGUCGCUCAAAAAGGGAAACAAGCCCAAAAAACACAGGGUGGUUUUCGACGAGAGCGCAAAUGAGUUUUUCGAGGCCGACUAUAUCAUCGUAGUACGAGACGAGUGCGGUUACUCUGAUGAGGAUGAGAAUGACGAGUGCUCGGGAUGUGGCGCGUGCGAGCGCUACCAGGAGCAGGAGCCGGGAGCGCUCAGUCCCCCUGAGGGAUAUAAAGACAUGGGCCUUUUUAAUCGCGAUGGAACCCUGCGGGAACAGGCCUGGUGGGAAGCGGGGGACGUUUUGCUGGUGGGCGAGCGCUCGGGCACGGUGUUUACACCGCAGCAUUUACAACUCCUGCGGAGGCUCCAACGUGAACGGAUGUUACGCUCUGCGAUCUGUGCUGACUGCGACGCGCACGCAGCUUUGCAUCAGCCCCUCGGUGAGUCACCUCUGUCCUUGCCUAGGACGAUUGUCGUCCAGGUGACCUUGCCCGACCUGAUCAUAUUUCUCGUUCCGCUACUUGCUUGCCUCGUUUUCUUAUCCGCGAUACACAUCAUGCUUAUAUUCUGGUGUCACAUCUUACUAAUGCGUUAA